AUGAAGCUCUUUGCUCUCCUCUUGGGCGGUGCUGCCGUCGCCCUCGCUGCUCUCAACAGCACUCAGGAGUACCGUCUCAAGACCUGUCUGAAGCCGGGCCAGGCUGGCAAAGAGCAAUAUGACAAUCUCUGGCUGUAAGUCCUCGCAAUCCGUCACAUUAUACGCAUUCUCACAUUUGAGCAGCGUCUCGUACCACACCGGUGCUGGCCUGAGCGAUGCAACUUUCAUGUCUGCCGCCAACAAAUCCAGCGCCAUCCGUGGCUAUCUCGGCCCAACCAACGUCACCUCCUCCAACGGCACCAAGUACUACAACCAGCUCUUUGAUCUGAACAACACCUUCCCAUUCGGCCUGGCCAUGGAGGAGAACACCAACUUCUACGCCGGCUGGGAGCCUGUUCGCCUCAACGCCGAUGUCGGAUCAAGCUUCGAGACCAACGGCUUCUUCAUCAACGGAACCGGUCUCCAGUGGACUAGCAAUACUGCCCAGGCUGGUUCCAGUUCCGACGCUUUCGGAGGAUGGCUGGUCUGCGACUGGUGGCAUGGAGCUCCACAGCUCUUCUUCCGCAUUCGCUACUACGCACGCUACGGCUUCAAGACGCCAUCCAGCUGUGCUGAUGUCUACCUUCAGCCCGUCUACUUCUAA